UUAACAAAUACGCCGAGUUUGUGCGCAGCCUCUAAAUGUUGUGCCUGCAAUCCUACGCCAGCUCCUCCGAAGGGGACUCCGACCAUGAGGACGCCGCUGGGGCAGCAGCCUCAACCGAUGUUCCUGCUCAUCUACUGCCUGUAGACAAAACACAUUCAGUUUCCUCGGCCAUAGCGGUAUGUGCGGCACCCGUUGUGGUACCGAUUGGAGCGUCUGCAGUGCCGCGCACCCUGGAUCCCACACUUAAAGAGGUAACCUACAAUCCACGCUACGACGAAAUGUACGCGCCGGUGAAGGGACCCGAUCACCCGGACCUGACGAUGCAGCAGCGCGCGCCAAGAAACACGCUGGCCGGAUACGUGGAGAAGGCGCACAUCAAUGCAUUUGAGUUUGAGAACCAGCGACGCACCUUCCACACCUACGGCUAUGCGCUGGACCCAAGCGUGGACGAGGCGGCCGAUGGGCAGACAUUUGUGGGCGAUCUGCAGUCGGCCUACGAUGACAAUGGCAAGACGGUCUUUGAGGCGCCCAAAGCAAAGAAAAUGCGCAAACAGGAGAAGAACGACAAGCCCGAUGAUAUCGAGGGAUUUCUGGGUCCGUGGGGCAAGUACGAGAAUGAGGUAAGUGUGGCCAAGCCGAACGAACAGGAAAGGGCCGAGCUGGACGAGCUGCUGUCCAAGCGCCACAAACGCGGCCGCAUUCCCGAGGAUAAACCGCUGGAGGAGAAGGCGACACUGCACAUCAAGGAUGCCUACGACUACCAGGGACGCUCGUAUCUGCAUGCUCCUCACGAUCUGGGCGUGAAUCUGCGCUCCAAUGCCCCGCCACCGAAGUGUUUCCUGCCCAAGGCACACAUACACACCUGGACGGGGCACAACAAGGGCAUCUCCUCGAUACGCUGGUUCCCCAAGACGGCACAUCUGCUGCUGUCCGGCUCCAUGGAUUGUCGCGUCAAGCUGUGGGAGGUGUAUGGCGAGCGACGCUGCAUACGCACGUUCUCGGGCCAUCGGCAGGCCAUCAAGGACAUUGCGUGGAACAACAAGGGCUCACACUUUCUGUCCGCCUCCUACGAUCGCUACAUCAAGCUGUGGGAUGCGGAAACGGGCGAUGUGGUGUCUCGCUUCACCACCCGCAAGAUGCCAUUCUGUGUCAAGUUCCAUCCGGAUAAUAGCAAGCAGCAUCUGUUUGUGGCCGGCACCUCCGACAAGAAGAUCAUUUGCUGGGACACCCGCAGCGGGGAUAUUGUGCAGGAAUACGACCGCCAUUUGGGCUCUGUUAGCACCAUUACCUUUGUGGAUGACAAUCGUCGAUUUGUGACCACCUCGGACGACAAAUCGAUGCGCAUUUGGGAGUGGGACAUACCCGUGGACAUGAAGUACAUUGCAGAUCCCACUAUGCAUUCCAUGCCGGCGGUUACCUUGGCACCGAACGGCAAGUGGAUGGCCUGCCAAUCGCUGGACAACAAAAUUGUCAUCUUCUCCGCACUCAAUCGCUUCAAAAUGAAUCGCAAAAAGACCUUCACCGGUCACAUGGUGUCGGGCUAUGCCUGCCAGCUGGACUUUUCGCCUGACAUGAGCUACCUGGUGUCGGGCGAUGGCGAUGGCAAGUGCUACAUCUGGGACUGGAAGACAACGAAAAUGUACAAGAAAUGGCAGGCGCACGAUGGCGUGUGCAUCAGUGCUCUGUGGCAUCCGCACGAGGCCAGCAAAGUGGCCACUGCCGGCUGGGAUGGACAGAUCAAAUAUUGGGAUUAAGGCAAGACGUGCAGCAACAAAAUAAUUUCUAACUAGAUGUAAGAACUGAUGUAUAAAAUGAUUGAUUAUAUGACAUACCU